AUGAGAGGAAACAAAGUAGAAAUAUUGUCAAAAUUGUGUUUGUUAGUGACAAUGAUGAUAGCUACAAUGGUAAAAUCAUCUUCACUUAACUAUAGUGAUGCAUUAACAAAAAGUAUUUUGUUUUUUGAAGGCCAAAGGUCAGGACCUUUGCCACCUUCUCAACGUAUCACAUGGAGAAAAGACUCUGGUCUUAGUGAUGGAUUUGAUAUUCGUAUGGAUAUGAUUGGUGGAUACUAUGAUGCUGGUGAUAAUGUAAAGUUUCAUUUUCCUAUGGCAUUUACAACAACUAUAUUAGCUUGGAGUGUUGUAGAAUUUGGAGAUUUUAUGGGUCCAGAUUUGCAACAUGCAAUAGAAGCAAUCCGUUGGGGAACUGAUUAUUUCCUAAAAGCAACACAAUCCCCAAAUAUUCUAAUAGCCCAAAUUGGAGAUCCCAAUAGCGACCACGGCUGUUGGGAAAGACCGGAAGACAUGGAUACUUCUAGAAAAACAUAUUUUGUUUCUCGAGAAAGAUCUGGUUCAGAAGUUUCGGCUGAGAUUGCUGCAGCCCUUGCAGCAUCGUCUAUUGCAUUAAACAAAAUUGAUUGUUCGUAUUCUAGAAUUCUUCUUGACAGAGCUAAAUCGGUGUUUGAUUUUGCAAACAAUUAUCGUGGAUCUUAUAAUGAUUCCAUAGGUGAUGGAGCAUGUCCCUUCUACUGUGAUAUCAAUGGCUACAUGGACGAGUUGGUUUGGGGGGCAGCAUGGUUGUAUAAGGCUUCUAAUGAUGAAAGUUAUUUGAACUUUGUAAAAUCAAAUAUGCAAUCCAUAAGAUCCAUAGAUGAUUUUGGAUGGGAUUCCAAGGAUGCUGGAAUUAAUGUACUUGUUUCUCAGUGGACGAUGAAUGAUCCAUCAAAUCAAAAUCCUUUCAUCCCAAAUGCAGACAACUUUAUAUGCCAUUUGUUGCCUAAUUCACCAAACAAAACAGUCACAUAUUCUAAAGGUGGACUUCUAUUCAUAUCUGGACCAAGUAAUAUGCAACAUGUAACAUCAUAUUCUUUUUUAUUAAUUGUUUACGCACGUUACAUGGAAGCUAACAAAAAAAUAGUAAAUUGCGGUAACGUUGUUGUCAAAGCAAAUGAUCUCGUUAAUCUUGCAAAAUCCCAGGUGGACUAUGUACUAGGAAAGAACCCAUUAGGAAUGUCAUACAUGGUAGGAUAUGGAGAAAAAUAUCCUCAAAAGAUACAUCAUCGUGGUUCAGUAAUUCCAUCAAUUGAUGUGUAUCCUAAGCAUAUAGGGUGUCGUGAUGGAGACAAAUAUUUUCAAUCACAAGAACCAAAUAUCAAUAUACUAACAGGUGCAAUUGUUGGAGGACCUGCAGAUGAUGAUUCUUUUCAAGAUUCACGUUAUAAUGUUUCUCAAUCAGAGCCAACUACGUAUAUCAAUGCUCCUUUUGUUGGUGUUUUGGCUUACUUCAAACAACUCAACUCCAUGUAG